UUGUGUGGACUAAUAAAGUUUUGUAUGUCACGUGACCAUCGUUGUAAUGGCUGCGCUCUGGUGACAUGUGAGUUAACUUUAGCAGCCUUCCGAAUAAGAAUUUCAGAGUUAAGGAAAAUGAAGCCAAAGGGUACAAACAAACGUAGAUUCUUCACGCCGAAGCAAAAGUCGGAUAAUAGGGGAAUUCAUAUAAAAGGUAAAUGGAAAGCAGUAGACCUCGACCCAAGUAUAUUCUCCGAUGAAGGAAUGGGCGGCCUGGUGUGUUUCGAGGAGCUGACGGAUUACAGUUUGGUAGAUUCGCAGAGUCUCGCCUCAAACUUGGUAAAAAAAGAAAAGAAACCCCGGAAACGAAAACCGAGUGAGACGGAGCAGGAUGACGGGGAAUUUGACAUGGAGGGUGACGUAGACCAAGAUGCAACCAGAACAUCCGAUGAAACAACAAAAACAUCAGAUAAACCAGCAAAAAAGAAAAUCAAAAAGGCCAAAGUAGCAGAUGAGGCAACCAAAACAUCAGAUAAACCAGCAAAAAAGGAAAUCAAAAAGGCUAAAGUUGCCGCGCCUGAGAUUAUUUCCGCGGAUGUUGAUGGAGAUGAUCAGGUACUGGUUAGUAAGGAAAAGGUAGAGAAUAGAGCUUCUAACGAAGAGUGCGCUGGAGGUGAAGAUUUAAAAAAUGAUGUGCAGUCAGAAGUGGAGACAACGAUUGAAAAAAAGAAGAAAAAGAAGCAAAAGGCCACAGAGACACAACCCGAAACAUUGCCAGAGGCUAAAGUAGAGGUUGAGGUUAAAGUUCUUCCAAAAAAACAACCAUCUAAGGACAAGGCGAAUAAGCUCCCUAAAAUACAAAAGAAUUGGACAAAUGCUGCACUUUCUGGCUCCAUCAACCAAAACGUGGAUGUGAGCGCUUGGAAGGACCUUUUUGUUCCAGCACCCGUGUUGAAGGCCCUUAGCCAUCUUGGGUUUGCUUCACCAACACCUAUCCAAGCCCUGGCACUGCCGUCCGCUAUUAGAGACCGCAUGGAUAUAGUGGGGGCCGCGGAGACGGGAAGCGGUAAAACCCUUUCUUUUGCCAUCCCGAUGAUCCACACCAUCCUGGAGUGGAAGAAGAGCGCUCCAGAGAAAGAUGAUGACAUGCAAUCAGAGAGUCCAGUCGUACCUGAUGCUGAGAAGGGGGAUGAUGCCCGAUCCGUGACUGAGGAGGAGCCUAACACUGAGGCUCCUCCUCCUCAAGAUUUGGAGGACGUCGAAGGAGAUCUCACUGAGGAUGAGAACGACGAUGGAACUAAAAUGGGAUGUGUUAAGGUCAUUGACAAUGUCGAAUUUGACUUUGAAGAUACUGCAGAAGAUAUCCCAUCCGGACUUCGUUUUCAGCCUCUGCUUGGACUCGUGAUCGCCCCAACCAGGGAGCUAGCGGUCCAGGUCAAACAUCAUAUAGACGCGGUCGCACAAUUCACUGACAUAAAGGCGGCUAUAAUUGUCGGUGGAAUGUCACAACAGAAACAAUCACGCAUGCUCAAGCGCCAGCCAGAGAUCGUCAUAGCGACUCCCGGACGCCUGUGGGAGUUGAUCAGGGAGGGACACCCGCAUCUGCUCACCCUCAGGCACCUCAAGUGCCUUGUGAUCGAUGAAGCCGAUCGCAUGGUAGAGCGCGGACACUUCGCUGAGCUGGAGAGCAUCCUGGAGAUGCUGAGCACCACCUACUUCAACCCCAAACGGCAGAUGUUUGUGUUCUCGGCCACCCUGACCAUGGCCGCCAGCGUGCCCUCGCGGCUCCUGCAGAAGAAGCGGAGGUUGGACACCAGGAGCAAGCUGGAGAUCCUCAUGCACAAAGUGGGGAUCAAGUCCAAGCCGAAGGUCAUCGAUCUGACCCGGAAGGAAGCGACGGUGGAGACGCUGAUAGAGACCCAGAUCCACUGCGACAAGGACGACAAGGACUUCUACCUCUACUACUUCCUGCUGCAGUACCCCGGCCGAACCAUGGUGUUCGCCAACAGCAUUGACUGCAUCAAGAGGCUCAACUGCCUGCUGGUCAUCUUGGACCGCACGCCGCUGCCUCUGCACGCCAACAUGCACCAGAAGCAGCGUCUCAAGAACCUGGAGAGGUUUGCUGAGAGGGAUAGUUGUGUUCUUUUGACGACGGAUGUCGCGGCCCGAGGACUGGACAUCCCCAACGUUCAGCAUGUUGUUCACUACCAGGUUCCAAGGACAUCGGAGACGUACGUUCACCGCAGCGGCCGGACAGCAAGAGCCACCAAAGAAGGUCUGAGCUUGCUCAUAAUAAGUCCAGACGAUAUGCUCAACUACAAGAAGAUCUACAGGGCUCUUGGAAAGGAUGAAGAAGAAGUCUCCAUGUUCCCAGUACAGAACAAAUGCAUGGAUGUCAUCAAGGAGAGGGUGGGCUUGGCCAGAGAAAUUGAGAAGAUAGAGUUCCAUAACGGCAAAGAGAAGAGCCACAACUCCUGGUUCCGAAAAGCAGCCGAGGACCUGGAAGUAGACUUGGAUGAUGAUGUUUUGAUGGGCAGAGGAAGAGACGAACAUGACGACCGCCAGCAGCAGAAGAUGGUGAAGGGCAUGAAGAAGCACUUGAAGUACUUGCUCUCGCAGCCAGUGUUCAAGCACGACAUCCGGACCAAGUACCCCACCCAGAUGGGCAAGCUCUCCCUGCCUGUGAUGCCUCGGGCAGGUGUGGAGUCGGCCAUCACCAGUGUCUCAAAACAGCCCAAGAAACCAAGACAGAAGAAGGCUAAACAGCAGCAAUGAGCAUUGACGGAAACACUUUUAUUUGCGGACAGACACGUGAGAAAUGUCUUUUUACGUCCAGGAAUAUUUUAAACAACCUUUUUGAAGACAAUAUUGUGCAAAAUUAUAUCUCUGUAUGUUUUACAAUCACUGUACAAUUACAUUAUGGUAUGAAAGGCA